GCCGUUCCACGAGUUCACGCGCUCGAUGCGUCGGUGCAUGCCUGCAGUUCAAAGGCAACCGCUUCCGCGACAUCCACAGUCUGCACGAGCCAGUCUCGUGCCCAGCACAGUCUGUGUCCUGUCGUCGAUGCUUUGUCCACGACUCCCUCAGAGGCAGCAAAGAGGCAGAAUGGGCUAUAUGACCUAGCUCAGAAAUUGAGCGAAAAAGUUUGUCAGCUGGAGGACGAGGUCCUGCAGCUUCGAGAAGAGCGUGAUGUGCUGACUGCUGAAAAUGGCGUCAUCUCUGAACACAUCCACACUUUGCAGAAGGAAAACAGCCUUUUGCACACAAAUGGCCGGUCCUCUAGUGCGGAACAUACGCGCUUGAUGCAGGCCCAUGAGGGUGUCACCGGCGAGGCGGCAUCACUCCGACAAGAGCUCAAGGCUGUUUUGGAGGAACGAGCUCUCCUUCGCUCUUCAAUAGAUGCGUUGAAGGCUGGCAAUGCCCAGCUUCAACACUCCGUGCGAGGCUUAGAAACAUCAUUGGCCACAGUUCGGGGAGACCUCGAACAACGAAUCAACAAACAUGGUGCAAUGGAGGAGCACAUUGCUAGUCUUCGCAAGCAGCUGGAGUCGGUGCUGGCAGAGAAGGUCAAGGCCGAGGGACUAAUCAGUAGCCAGCACGUUGAGAUCCUCAGCUUGCACAAGCUUCGUGAUGAGUUCCUUGCAGAGAAGGCUAAUGGCCAAGCCCUGGUCCAGAAGUUGGACGCAAGCGAGGCUGAGAUUUCGCGCUCCAAGAAGGAUAAGGCUGCGCUUGACCAACUAGUCAGCUCGCUGCAUGUGGACUGUGCGCAGAUGCGGACACAACGAGAUUCUGCAUUGGCAGAGGUGCCACACUUGAAGUCGUCGAUUCAGCAGCAGGAUGUCCUGAUGAAAGACUUGGAAAACCAGGUGACCGCCCUCCAGCAGCAGUUGCAGAGCAGCAAGGAUACCGGUGGAAGGGUGGAUCAGCAAGCUAAGCAUCUUGCAUUCGCUCUGGAAAGAUCGCGGGAAGAUGGAGCUCGUCACGAGCAGGCAGCGCUUGCCCUUCGUGUAGAACGAACGCGAUUGCUCGAGGCCUUGGAAAGACUGCGGCGUGGUAAGGCGGAAAGCGAUCUGCGAGCUUCAGCAUCAGCUAACGAACAUGGCUUGUUGCAGGCUCAUGUCGAACAUAUCAGUUCGGAUCGCGAGCAGCUGCAAGUUCAGCUUCACCAAGCCACAUCGGAGACCUCGGCCAUCAGGAGCCGAUUGGCCGGCCUCGAGCAGAUGGUGCAGGCUUAUGCAGACAAGUGCGCGGCCUUGCAGCAAGAGGUUUCCUCCUUGCAAGACGACAAGGCCGAGCUUCAGGAGAAGCUUGAGGCGGCACCGCGUGCGGCACGAAGCCCCGAGAGAAGUCCCAUGAUUCAGCCAGCAGGGUCGCAAGGAUGGGCCCUGUGA